AGAAUGAAAUACAGAAAUUGGUUUUCUACUUCACAAAAAUUGGAAGAAUCUUUGAGAGAAGAAAAACCGCCUUCUAAAAAGAAGAAAAGAAUUAUGGCUGAUAAAGCAUUGGAACAAAGCUGCAGUAACUCUGAAGAUGAAUAUUUAGUUAGUGGAGAAGAAUACUUUGAUGAAUGCAAAGUUUAUGAACCUUUAAGAAGGGCUAUUUUGGAAGAUUCGGGAGUUGUUAUUGAUCAGAAUGUCACUUCAAAUACAUAUGCAAUAUCCAAAAGUCGCAAUAAAUGUGGAUGUCAAUGUAGAGGUGGAAAAUGCUUACCAAAUAAAUGUGAAUGCGCUCGGAAUGGAAUCAAGUGCCAGGUUGAAAAUGUUUGUGUAUUUUUUCUUCUCUAGUAAAGGCAUUUUCUUGGGAAAUUUUUUGCCCAUAAUAGUCCUAAUAUUAAUUU